GCAAACAAGUAUAGAUAUCAAAGACAUAAAAACCGAACCUGGGAGCAACACAAACGAAAAGCACGGACAAAUGGGUCUCGAAGAUAUUGAUUUUCAAGAGAAGCGAUAUGAAGUAGAGAUCACUGACAUUGAAGCGUCUGAUGGUUUGUUAUUCGAAGAAGUUGCAACACUGCUGAGUAAGAGUGCUCAAAGAAAAGAGCGACGCAAAGCAUUUCUAGAGAAGAAAGAGAAGAGAUCAAGGAAUGAUCCAACCACAACAAAAGUUGUCAUUCAUGAUAUUGUCACCAAAGCUUACAGCUGUUGUAGCCUGCCUUACUUCUGCGAGAUUGUCUCUUCUGUUCUAAAAAGCAAUCACACGGUCCAGCUUGUUAGGAACAUAGGUUUUGGCUAUCUGUUGGAAUUGGAUGACUGCUUUAUCCCCAGACCAUUUGUUCAAUGGAUCGCUGACAAUGUUGACACACAAGCAGAGGUAAUUGUGUUCAGCAAGGACAUCAUUCCACUCAAUUGUGAGUCAGUGCAGUUUGUGUUGGGAAUUCCAUCAGGAGAAAAAAUCAUAAACAUGAAAGAAGAAGAAGCUGGCAAGCAAGCAUUUCUUGCUCUUUUUGGGUUGACAGAAGUCCCAACAAUCAAGUCUUUUGGUAACAAGCUCUUGUUUGAAAAGUUGUGUGACAAUGACUUCCUUCGUUGUUUCAUGGUUGUAGCAUUAGCAACAUUUCUCUGUCCAACAUCGAAUACAAAACCAAGUACAAAAUACAUGGGUGCUCUACUUAAUGUGGAGGAGAUCAAGGAAUUAAAUUGGUGCAGGUUUGUGCAUGAAUGGGAAAUGGUGUAUAUAAAGAAAUACCAAAAGGAAAAGCUGAAGCAAAAUCGAACAACAAUGACAUUAGGAGGGUGCAUAUACCACAUAGCAGUCCGUUGCUUAGAUUACAUUGAUUUUGGAUCAAUCCAGGUGGCACCUUUUAUGCCUAGGAUAUGUGUUUGGAAAGGACAAAUGAUUAAGCAUUUCAGUGACAUGACAAUUGGAAAAGAUGGAAAAUAUGGACCUCUAUGAAUAAAAAAAGAAAUAGAGAUGUGUUAUAAAGAAGGAACAUGUGAGUGGGCAAGCACCAUGAAGAAUACAAAUUUUAGGAAAGCGAUUAAGAUUGCUGCAGGAAAAUUUUUGUCUGAGAAG